GCCCCGGCCUCCGCCUCCUUCUCCCGGGGGCCUCCGAGGCCUGGCUGGGUCUCCCUUCAGCCUCCCGCCAUGAGGGGCCCCGCCGAGCCCUACUGAGCUGAGAGGCUUGGAGGUAGCACAUGCAGAUGUUUACAAUGGCCUCGGAAACUCCAUCCUCCUCUUUCAAAGAGUUCUGCCCCUUGUACUACCUUCUCAAUGCAAUUCCUACAAAAAUUCAAAAGGGAUUUCGUUCCAUUGUGGUGUACCUCACUUCGCUUGAUACAAAUGGAAACUACAUUGCUGUGGGCAGCAGUAUUGGAAUGCUGUAUUUGUACUGCAGGCACUUUAACCACAUGAAAAAAUACAAUUUUGAGGGGAAAAAUGAGUCAAUUACUGUUGUGAAGCUUUUGAGCUGCUUUGAUGAUCUGGUUGCCGUUGGGACAGCGUCAGGGAAAAUUGCUAUAUUUCAGCUUGUCUCUUCACUGCCUGGGAGAAACAAACAACUUCGAAGGUUUAAUGUUUCUGGUUUCCACAAAAGUAGCAUCACAGCCUUGGCAUGGAGUCCUAAUGGAAUGAAAUUAUUCUCUGGAGAUGACAAAGGAAAAAUAGUCUAUUCUGCUUUGGAUCUAGAUAAGGGACUUUGCACCUCCACUUUGGUAUUGGAAGAACCAUGUUCAAUUGUGCAACUGGAUUAUAGUCAGAAAGUACUGCUGGUCUCCACUUUACAACGAAGUCUACUUUUUUAUACUGAAGAAAAGUCUGUCAAGCAAGUUGGAGCCCAACCCAGAAAAAAUACUGGCAAAUUUGGAGCAUGUUUUAUACCUGGUUUGUGUAAACGAAGUGAUCUAACAUUAUUUGCUGGAAGACCUGGGAUUCGUCUUUGGAAAUCAGAUGUCCAUGGGACUGUUCAGGCUACAUUCAUUUUGAAAGAUGUAUUUACUGCUGGGAUGAAGCCUUUUGAAUUAUAUCCUCGAGUGGAACCCUUGAACAAGAAUAGCUAUAAUUUCCCAGAGAGGCAACUUGGACUCAUUUCCUGCUUUUUCCAGGAAGGGUGGGUGUUGAGCUGGAAUGAAUAUAGCAUCUAUUUAUUGGACACAGUAAACCAGACGAUGAUUGGCAGUUUGGAAGGGUCUGGUGAUAUUGUGUCUGUGUCCUGCACUGAAAAUGAGAUUUUUCUUUUAAAGGGAGACAGAGAUAUCAUUAGAAUCUCAAGCAGACCUGAAGGGCUUAUGUCAACAGACCUCAGGUCAAAGGUGAUGAGCCCAUCAUCAGAUUUGAGCCCCAAGUUACAGAGUCCACACUUGGUCAUUGAAUCGAUGCCAUCCAAGCCUUCUCCAGAAACAAGCCAAAUACUGAGUACCUCCUCUUUACCCCAAACACCUGGUGACAAAAAUGGCUCCGUAGGUAAAGCUGACCCAGAUGGAGUACUAGUCAUAGAGAAACUGCGCUCGCAGAGCUUUGAUGAACUAGGGGAUUUGAACACAAACUCAAGAAGAAGGGGCUAUUCAGUAGCAAGUGAAUCAAGAAGUAGGAGCAGCUCUGUGAAUUCUGUGGACAGCAGUUCCAGUUUCUUGACUGGUGGGGAUCAAACCUCAGAAGUACAGCGGGAAGGGCAACUUUCUUCCCAGCGCUUCAGCUUGAUUAGUUCUGAAGACUUCAACCAGGAACUGAUUGUAAAGGCAAUCAAAGUGAAAAAGAAGAAGAGAAGGCCAGGAAAUGGAGCCAGGAGACAUCCCAGCUCUCUGGAAAGCACACCAUGCUAUGAGGAUCAAGGCUUCAGUGAUAGCUCUUCAUUUCUAAAUGCAGAUUCAUUCUCCAUUAACUCUAGCCUCAUGGGCAGCAUCACAGACCGCUUAAGUGUGAAUUCUGUGGACCAGGAAAGUAUAUUUAGUUCAGAAUCGCAAAACGUGUUACGGGAGGAAAAUGGCUCUGAAACAUUCAGUGUUCUUCAGUCUCCAGAGUCGGUGGCUGCUCUUACGCCUGAGGACAAUGGUGCGGUUGAAUUGCUGAAACUUUCUAACAAUGAAAGUGCAGUAGGCACAUUGUCUACUAUGGACUUCUCAACCUCUGCUCCUCCCUUGCUUCUGCCUGAAGAAAAACUAGGCUGUGAUGACACUGAAUGUAAUUGGACACUCCCUCAAUCUGAACAAACCAAAGCCAUUGUAGAGCUGCCAUGUCAAGAUGAAGCACAUGCUCUUUUCCCAUGUAACAUGGAGAGCACUUCAGAUAAAUUAGAUUCAUCAGGAGAUUUAGAGUCUCUGGAAAACACAAGCUCUGAGAAAGGGAUGCCUGCAAAUGUGCAUGCAGCCUCUAAUGCCGAGAAUGGGCUACUUGGUUGGGCUGCAGCAAUACAAAACAACCCAGAGCAAAAGCAACAGCAGUCUCUGGGGGACACUAUCCCCCCUGUCCUUUCUGAAAAAGAAGUACGUCCUCAAGAGAGUGCGUUUUGGGGGGGAUUUCAAGCGAUGCCCAACACCCACACUGCCCGCAAAUGGAUCAGUGACACUUGUGAUGUUAGAGCUGAGAAAUCUGCAUCGAGUGAUGAAGAGGACAUCUAUGGGCAUGGCUUGUCUUACUCCUCUUCAGAGGCGAGUGUGGCAGAAAUCGGGGCCUGUCUUCCUCUGCAGGACAAGAUCCGAACACACAUAGAAGAAGGAGUGCUUUUAAAAUCAGACCAGUUUGCAGAAAGCUGGAUGGGCUACGCAGGCCCUGGCUACGGGAUCUUGAGCCUGGUCGUCUCUGAUAAAUACAUUUGGUGCCUGGAUUACAAAGGUGGCCUCUACUGCAGUGCUUUACCUAGCGCUGGUUUGCGCUGGCAGAGAUUUGAAGACAAUGUCCAGCAGGUGGCAGUCUCGCCUUCAGGGGCUCUUCUCUGGAAGAUUGAACAAAAAACCAGUAAAGCUUUUGCCUGUGGAAAAGUAACAAUAAAAGGCAAACGUCACUGGUAUGAAGCUUUACCUCAAACCGCAUUUGUAUCUUUGAGCGAUGACACUGCCUGGAUUAUUAGAACAAAUGGUGAUCUGUAUCUGCAGACAGGCCUGAGUGUGGAUCGUCCCUGUGCCAGAGCAGUAAAGGUGGAUUGUCCAUAUCCACUAUCGCAAGUGGCAGCCAGGAAUAAUGUCGUCUGGGCACUGACCGAGCAACGAGCACUUCUGUUCCGUGAAGGUGUGAGCGGCUUCUGCCCUGAAGGAGAGCAAUGGAAAUGUGAUAUUAUCAGUGAAAUGCAAGCUCUAGAGCCCAUGUGUGUGACUCUUGGAGAUCAGCAGACCAUAUGGAUUUUAGACAUCCAUGGAAACCUGUGGUUCAGGACAGGUGUUGCUUCCAAGAAACCACAAGGGGAUGAUAACCACUGGUGGCAAGUAAGCAUCACAGAUUAUGUUGUGUUUGACCAGAGCAGCCUUUUCCAGACUAUACUCCAGGCAACGCAAACAGUAGCCACAGCAGCCCAGGCCCCUGUCGAGAAAGUAGCAGACAAGCUCCGGAUGGCUUUCUGGUCUCAGCCACUGCAGUGCCAGCCAAGCCUCCUUGCAGUCAACAGCAGCGGUGUCUGGAUCUCAUCUGGGAAGAAUGAGUUCCAUGUAGCAAAGGGAAGUCUCAUAGGUACUUACUGGAAUAAUGUUGUGCCACGUGGUACUGCUUCAGCCACAAAGUGGGCUUUUGUGUUGGCUUCUGCAUCUCCAACAAAAGAAGGAAGUUUUCUGUGGCUGUGCCAGAGUAACAAGGAUCUCUUCUGCGUCAGCGAUCAAAACCCUCAAUUCCAUCCUUCAACUGUUCAGCUUCCCACUGAUAGUGAAAUCAUAUACUAUUCUGCCUGUCAGGAUGCCAUAUGGAGCUUAGAUAGUCUGGGACAAGUCUUCAUAAGGACACUUUCACCAAAUUGUCCAAGUGGGAUGCACUGGACCAAACUGGACCUUUCUCAGUUAGGUGCUGUGAAACUUAGGAGUUUAGCAUGCGGGAAUCAGCACAUCUGGGCCUGUGAUAGUUCUGGUGGUAUCUACUUCCGGGUUGGAACUCAGCCUCUGAACCCAAGCUUGAUGUUACCUGCAUGGAUAAUGAUUGAGCCACCCAUCCAGCCAGUUGGAGUCAAUCUGAUCAGUGUAUACUCAAGUUCUAACGAUCAGAGCCUGUGGGCGAUAGACAGCAAAUGGAACAUCCAUGUCCGCAUUGGGAUUACUGAAGAGAUGCCUGUAGGCACAGACUGGGAACAGAUUCCAGGGCUUCAGGCCUGUGAGCUGGCCAUAAGUAUACGGACCGUUUGGGCACGCUGCCCAAAUGGUGACAUUGCACGGCGGUACGGCAUUACAGAUAAGAACCCGGCGGGAGACUAUUGGAAGAAGAUUCCAGGGAAUGUCACUUGUUUGACAGUUACACCCCAAGAUGAACUCUGGGCAAUUGGUCCUUCAGGGAACCUCCUUCAGCGCCUCACCAAGACCUUCCACCAUUCUCGCCCUUUACAGAAACAUGGCAGCGCUUCUAUGUCGUUUCACUCUGAUGAUUUUGAAGAUGAAUGGGAAGUCAUAUGAGGUCCUCAAGGCUAUAAAAACCAUAAAAUAGUGAGAAAACACGGUUGGGAAUCAUGUUUUAUGCCAAAUGUCAGACUUAUAAAGCCCCAGACAUUUGGCAGUAUUCGCACUUUGGAAUAUAUAUUUUUAAAAGACCUGACUUGUCUAAUAAGCCCCCUGAAUUGUGUAGUAAGGUGUCUUCUUGCUUCAGUUUUUUUCUUUAUCUCUCAGAUGAGAUGGGCAGAAAUUGUGAACUUGUCUUUACUUCUGUUUGGAAAUAUAGCUUACCAAUUUAACCAUAUUAGCAGCAAGAUUUAUUUGCUCUAGCAUGCAAAUAAGUACUGUAUCUGUGACUACAGUGGAAAGGCUGCCUGUUACAUUGACUUCCAGCUAAGUGCAGUGUUUUUUCCCUCCAGUUUUUGAUAAUUCUUGAAGACACUUGAGCAGAAGAGCAUGGUUAUGAUGUGGAUGCAGAUCCUCUUUCAAUUUGCUGUUACAGAAAGGAACAAUGUAUGAUAACAUUUCCUGGUAGAAAAUCAACAUAAUUAUGUGUAGUGCAACUGAAAAUAUUUUUUGUGGAAUUUUCACAAAUUUUCACAAAGUUCCAGAACACCACUAAACUUUUGCUUUGGGUGAAUUGGGUUAAAAACCCACUAAUGUUACACAUCACAGAUGAGUUUGGAUUCACUCGUCUCCAAAUAUUAGGUCCCUUUAUGCAUCUACCAGCCUAUUAAUGGCUUUUGUUCCAAGGCUAAAAGAAACAUUGUAAAGCUAGAAAUGUAAAAUCAACGUGGCUCUCUGGGUGGGCUUUAGCGCCACUCUGAGAUGGAUUAAACUGUGCCUGUAACCAGAGUAGAUUCCCAUUUUCCUUUUUGUACCAUAAUUUAAAAUGACAACAAAGAUGUUAUGAUAACAAAGAAAUGUAUCCCGUAAGCGAGUUUGUGAUAGUCGUCAGGAUUUUUCUCCUUAAUGGUCAAUUCUUUAGCUACAUUAGCUACAUUUUGGCAAUGUCUUCUAUAUGAGAUGUUUACAGUGGGGGUGCAGAACUUUAUAAUUUACUAAUCACUGCAGCAUAUGUUUCGUGAAGGCUACUUUUCUUUGAGAAAGCUGUUAAAAUAAAUGUUAUUCCAGUGACUUAGACUUAAAAUUUUUGUUAAUGUUUAAUAGGGAAUGUUUUAAACAGCUGCUAAUGAAUCUGCGGAUGAGCCCAAUUGUGAUAGCAAUGAGGAGAAAUAUAUGAAUUUGAGACUGAGACAAAGCAACAUGCUCUUCCCUUAAGACGAUCUCUGAUGGAUUUGUGGAGUGAACCAAUAUAAACCAGGAAACAUGGUUCCUCUCUGACACUGAAGAGUCACCAUUCACACCUGCUUUGCAAAAGUCCUUGCAUAAUUUUAGUCCUCGGUUGUUGCUUUGCUCCCUCGGUUGUUGCUUUGCUCUUUAAAUUUAGGGCGACUAGGAGGUCAUGUUUGUUUCCCUCUGAGAGCUGAUCUGUUUUGCUUCACCUCUUCUUCGUCUAUAUAUGGAGCCGGCCUCAAGAGUUUCUUUUUUUAGUCUGUCACUGGAUCGUCACUAACUACGCAGCUACCGAAGUUUACCUAAUUCACUCAGUGGACUACUUUGAGCAGCUCCUUGGCAAGUGAGACUUCAGAGUUGUAAAAAGGAACCCAAAACACACCUACGUCGAAGUCAAGAACUUCAGAGCAAUGGGAAGCAGCUUGAUUUUCCACUCUUACUGGCCAGAUAUUCACAUUACAAUAUUUGGUAGGUGGGUGGGGAAUUAAAGAUACAGUUUUAUAUAUACUUAACACUUUCUAAAGGGUUUGUGGUAAUGGCUUAGCUUGCUAGCCAUUUGUAUUCCAAAUAAUAGUAGUGCACCUUGCUUUGUUCCUGAAUAUGAAUUGGUGUUAACAACCCUUCUAAGCCAAUGAGGGGUGUGUUUUUUUCCUUAUUGUCCUACCUAACAACCUGAAAUGUUUACCAUCCUUAGUUUCAUUUCUGUACCCUUGUGUUUCCUUUCCCUUGUGCUUUCCGAUAAGUGCAAUAAACUAGCCUUUUUCUUACGAAAAUAA